AUGACCACUCCUGCUUCCCUUUCCUUGACCGACAACUUCGCAUCAUCUUCCUCAAGCAGAAUUCUCACGGUCACAAUCACCCGAGACGAUGCCGCCACUUCUGCCAUCACGUCCACACUGUCGUCCGAGUCGGCCCUCAUCACAGACACGCCAACAACAGUCAGCAGUGACCUGACUCUGGUCUAUGUCUUCACAAAGUCCGCCACGGAGGGCUCGUCCUCAUCGGGCUCAUCAUCAGGCAGCAACCCCUCAGGCCUCUCAACGGGAGCAAUAGCCGGCAUAGUGAUCGGCUCCAUUAUCCUGCUCAUCGCCCUCAUAUUAGUCGUCUUCUGCACUUCAAGGCGUUUUGCCAGGAAAAGGCGCCGGGAGGAGGCCAGCCUACACCCCUCAAAUCACCACCGCACGAGCCGCGCCGCCCCCAGCAGCAGCAGCUACCACCAAGCCCGGUCGCAGCGGUCGACAGUCUACUCGUCCCCGUCGUCCCCGCCACAGGAGUUGGCCACGCAUUUCAACCGGCUCGAGGUCGACGGCAGGGGCAGGCCCGUCGAGGUCCUGGGGAGCUACAAACACCCCGUGGAGUUACACGCCGGGAGCACCACAGACCUGGUGGCCCACGUGUGGAAGGGGGGCAGGUCACCAGUUGUCCCCAGCAAGGAUGAAGGGAGUGUGAUAUAUAUCAUCCCUGCGCGGAGGGGAGACGAUAUCAUCUCGGAUGCGGGUAGUGCGCGUUGUUUAAGCCCUCCCGGCACGUGGGAGACUGAAUCGUUGGGGGCGAGUGUGUCUGGUCGGUCACGUAUAAUACCGGGGCCGGGCACUCACGCGACCCCCUCGAAGGCCUCGUCGAGGGAUACGUUGGGGUACAGCACCCACACAAAAGAAUAA